GUCUGAUUGGUCGCUUGGCUUGUAGGCAGUUGAAAUGUGAUUGGUUACUUUGCCUGCGGGUGAUGUGAUUGGUCAGGGAGUUCAGAGACCGGAAGUGUUGGUGGUGUUGAGUUUGCAUGCGCCCCCUAGGACUCAUUAGUCGCUGGGCCUGGCGGGCGGCGGGUCACGGUGAGUGUGGGGGGCGGGGGGUGGAUUUAUAACUACAGCUAUUACCCCAAUUACAAUAACAGAUACAGCUAUUACCCCAAUUACACUGUACCCCAAUAACAGAUACAGUGUACCCCAAUAACAGAUACAGCUAUUACCCCAAUUACAAUAACAGAUACAGCUAUUACCCCAAUUACACUGUACCCCAAUAACAGAUACAGCUAUUACCCCAAUAACAGCUACAGCUAUUACCCCAAUAACAGAUACAGUGUACCCCAAUUACAGCUACAGCUAUUACCCCAAUAAUAGAUACAGUGUACCCCAAUUACAGAUACAGCUAUAACCCCAAUUACAAUAACAGAUACAGUGUACCCCAAUAACAGAUACAGCUAUAACCCCAAUUACAAUAACAGAUACAGUGUACCCCAAUAACAGAUACAGCUAUAACCCCAAUUACAAUAACAGAUACAGUGUACCCCAAUAACAGAUACAGCUAUAACCCCAAUUACAAUAACAGAUACAGUGUACCCCAAUAACAGAUACAGCUAUAACCCCAAUUACAAUAACAGAUACAGUGUACCCCAAUAACAGAUACACUAUACCAAUUACAAUAACACUGUACCCCAAUAACAGAUACACUAUUACCCCAAUUACAAUAACUGAUAGUGUACCCCAAUUACAGAUACAGGUAUUACCCCAAUUACAAUAACAGAUACAGUGUACCCCAAUAACAAUAACAGAUACAGUGUACCCCAAUUACAAUAACAGAUACAGUGUACCCCAAUAACAGAUACAGCUAUUACCCCAAUAACAGAUACAGCUAUUACCCCAAUAACAGAUACAGCUAUUACCCCAAUAACAGAUACAGUGUACCCCAAUUACAGCUACAGCUAUUACCCCAAUAAUAGAUACAGCUAUUACCCCAAUAACAGAUACAGUGUACCCCAAUAACAGAUACAGCUAUUACCCCAAUAACAGAUACAGUGUACCCCAAUUACAGCUACAGCUAUUACCCCAAUAAUAGAUACAGCUAUUACCCCAAUAACAGAUACAGUGUACCCCAAUAACAGAUACAGCUAUUACCCCAAUAACAGAUACAGUGUACCCCAAUAACAGAUACAGCUAUUACCCCAAUUACAAUAACAGAUACAGUGUACCCCAAUUACAGAUACAGCUAUUACCCCCAAUUACAAUAACAGAUACAGUGUACCCCAAUAACAGAUACAGCUAUUACCCCAAUAACAGAUACAGCUAUUACCCCAAUAACAUAUAUAGUGUACCCCAAUAACAGCUACAGUGUACCCCAAUAACAUAUACAGUGUACCCCAAUUACAAUAACAGAUACAGCUAUAACCCCAAUAACAUAUAGACUGUACUCCAAUAACAUAUAGAGUGUACCCUAAUAACAUACAGUGUACCCCAAUAACAUAUACAGUGUACCCACCACACCCCAAUAACUGGCAGUGUACCCCAAUAACAGCUACAGUGUACCCACCACACCCCAAUAACUGGCAGUGUACCCACUGCUAUAACCCAAAUAACAGCUACUGUACCCCAAUGACAGCUACAGUGUACCCACUAUAUACACUCAACAUAACAGGUAAUCGGUACUGCUACACUCUAAUAACUAGUAUACCUCUACUGUGUGCCCAGUGUUACACCUAAAUAACAGCUACUGUGUGCCCAGCUAUCACCCUAAUUUACAGCUACUGUUUCCCAAGAACAGCUACUGUGUGCCCACUGCUAUAAUCCCAACAGAUACUGUACCUCAACAACCGAUGCUGUGUGCCCACUGCUAUAACCCCAAUAACUGCUACUGUGUGCCCACUGCUAUAAUCCCAGUAACAGAAACUGUACUCUAAAAUCAGCUACUCCAUCCCCACUUCUACACCCAAAUAACAUCUACUGUGUGCCCACUAUGGACCCCCAAGCAAAGUUUGUGUGCCCACUGCCAUUCACCCCAAGACCCAUUACUGUGUGUGGACUGUCAUACUCCCUAAUACCAGCUAGUGUGCCCAGUGCAAUAUAACUCCUUAGCAGCUAAUGUGUGCUCAUUGCUACAUUGCCAAUACUAGCUCCCGUGUGCCCAAUGCUACACCCCCAAUAACAGCCACUAUAUAAUGCUGAUGUGUGCCUACUCAAAUACCCCUAGUUGCAACUGUGUGUCCACUGCUAUACCUCAAGUAACAGCUCACUCCAGUGUGCCCAAAUCUGUACUCCCUAAUAACCACUACUCUGCCUGCUGCUACAGAGACUGUGCACGAUGCUAUAUUAAUAUAUAUUUUAGUCAGUGCCCACGCUAUAACAAUUUGCACACGCUGUUGUAUGUUCAGAUAAAUAAUCAGGUUAGUCCUCUGUUAUUCAUCCACAAUAAGUGCGUUCACUGCUGAAUAUGUACAAUAAUAAUAAAGCUGUGCCCACUGCUUAUUCCUACACUCCCACAUUAGGAGCUGAGCAUUCCCUCUGCUGUACUCCAUUAUUACAGCAACUCAAGCCCACUGCUCUAGCCUAAGAAUAACAUCUAAUGUAUCCUGCCUGCUGUAUAUAUAUAGGAUAACAGCAAAUGUGUCCAUAUGUUGAAUUUGUUCGGUAUGGUGGCUUGUUUGACCCUCAACUAUUUUCUAAUCUGAUUCAACAGCUGGUCAGACAGCCCUCUAAGUUGUUUAUUUUGGGGUAACCUCCUGCCCCAGAUACUACUCGUUAUAUGCCCUCUGCAGUACUGAUUUUAGUGGCAGUUCUAUCUGAAACUGUAUAAUUAAAUAUUAAGUGCAUUACAGCAUUGUAGCUUCUGGGAAAUUGCAAGUAUAUCCCCUAUUUCGGUUCAUUUGUUAUAUUUAUUACUGGUAUUUAUGAAGCGCCAACAUAUUCCGCAGCGCUGUACAAUUAGGGGAGAAUGGACAAUAUACACAAACAAAUGCAAAAGGUAGAGAGGGCUCUAACCGUAAGCUGUGAUCUAGCCAUUGAAGCUGUUUUAUACAAAGUGCUUAGGUAGAUAGUCUGUAAGCUUACACUCUAAACUAUAAUACCAGUUCUAUGCUUGUGGCAACAUUUGAUUACAUUGUAAUUUCAAUCAUCGCUAAAAUAACCCAUUCAAUGCACUAUGCAAUACCAUGGCUACAUACACCCACCCUCCCGGUGCCCAUCCAAGUACAUUUAUAUCAUCAGAUAAUCUCUCAUUCCAUACCAGGCUAUACUGAGAAUAGCAAGCAUUCCCCUUUACUGGAACAAUUCCUGGUCUGAUCUCAUUCCUCUAAAUACAGCACAAAAUAGAUUUGCGUUCCCUAAACUGACAAACAAAAGCUCCGUUGGCUGCUGCUAUUCGAGCCUAUAGAUUCCUUUCCUUUUAUAUAUUAUCAUUUUUUUUCUCCAUCUAACACUUGAUAGUUGCUAUAUCUGGAACAGUAACGUGGAAGGUAUGUGUGAACACUGUAAUGCAAGAUAAUCACUAUUUUUAGGGAGCUUUGGUGACUGUUUGUGUCCCUUUGCUAACUUUAACAGAUGGGACCGCUAAUAUCCCCUAACCUCACAUUGGCUGUUUGUGAUCUUUAGCAUCUCAGUGACGUAUUAUGUGAAUCCUGAACUAAUCACUGCUCACUUCACUGUUUCAGAAAGUUGCGUAGCAUUUUACAGCUCCACCAGAGCUUAUAAUGUUGCUCCUCAAAGUUCCUGAACUGCAUUUUACUCAUGUACUCCUUGCAUGUCAGCAAGUGGUGUAAACCAUUGAGUUGUAAAAAUAGAGGUGUGUGUGGUGGGGUGGGGAGGGUGACAGUCCCAUUAAUAAGCUGUCAGUUAAUUCUCUGCAUUGCAGACUCCGAAACACUCGGGCACAGUGAAAUCUAACCCUCUGUUUAAAUACGGCAAGCCCCUACUCACGGGGUCAGGUUGAAACUCUAAAUGCAUUUAUAUUAAUGGUGCACAACAGGACAGAUCAUACCUCAUCAGCUACGCAAGUUUUUCGAGAAGUUAAAGAACCAAAGCUUGCCAGGUAUGCAGUAGAUUUGUUGUUGUUGUUUUUUUUUUUUAAAUCUAUAACUAAAACCAAAGCCGAGUCUUUUCUGAUUGUGCGUACCGCAAAGUACGCAAGGAUCCUUAUUCUUCAAUGUGAACAAACCUGACUGUCAGAAAACAAAAAUGCAGCAUGAUUUUAAAUCCAACAUUUUCCUUUACAUGGACAAUGUCCAACAUUUUUAUUUUUGUUGUAUAUAACAGAUUUUUAAAUCAUGUCGACUGAACUAGUGGAAGAUGAGUCUCAAUUUUACUGCAAAGCCAAAAAGUACUGGAAAGCUGUCCCAGCCACUGUGGACGGGAUGCUGGGAGGAUACGGUCACAUAUCCAGUAUAGAUCUCAGCGGUUCCAAAAAGUUUCUGCAAAGGUUUAUUCGAGUGAGUAUGUCUCCACCCGUUGCUAACGUCUGGUGUUUUAGAUUCUUAACUGUUAAAAUUAGAUGGCUGAAUCAAAUGCACAUUCUGCUUGCUCAGCUGUGUAAUCCAAAGGCACUUGAGUGAUUACUGGGACAGACUGUUCUAUCUAAAACACAGUCUAAUUUCCUGGGACAGAAUUUCACAUUUUUCAAUUCGCUGAACUUGGUCAUAGACUUGAUUUCUUUACAGGCACUCAUGGAUUAUAGAAUUUAAAUUAGGAGUUUAAACCGUAUCUCACAUCUGUUGGGUAAUAGCUUAAAUAAGUGUUUUAUUUUUUUUGUGCUUUUUUUUUUUCUUUUUCCAAUUUUUGUAUUUAUUUUAUAUUUAGUAUAUUCAUCCAUGUAAAGUCGACUGAUAUGCAUGGUUACCAGACCACGCAUAGUCACCACCAAUCAAGAGAAUCUCCCAUUUUGGUGGGAGAAGUUUAUCGGUUAUGUCCCCAAUUGCCGUCUUGCUUAUUGGAUCUGAGGCGGGGGAGGUGAGAAAUUGCACAGUGUGUGCACAUCUUGAACAGGCAUCGGCAAUGUAAAACUGCAUCUUCUUGAUUGACAAGAUGGUGGGAGGAGCUAUGGCUAGCUAAGUAAACUUGUUUUGUUUAUUUUACUUUAAUUUGUAUUUAUAGAACAAAGGAGCAAGUCCAUGAACUGUUAUCAGUUAUGUGACGAUAUGAAAUAUUUUAAGUUUUGCUGCCAUCACAAAAAUACAUAUUCCAUUAUUAUUAUUAUUUUAUUAUUUAUAUAGCGCCAACAAAUUCCGUAGCGCUGUAGAAUGGGUGGACUAACAGACACAUAAUUGAGAUCAGACCACUGACGUACAGGAACAGAGGGGGUUGAGGACCCUGCUCGAUGAGCUUACAUGCUAGAGGGAGUGGGGUAUAGUGACACAAAGGGUUAAAGUAGGGGAAUUAAAUAGUUUGUUACAGAAGGGUUUAUUGAGUGCUUGGUAGGUCAUUUUUGACAGUUGCAGGAACAGAGUCAUGGGGUGGGGGAUGAGAAACCUGCUGACAGUUUAAUUGAUACGCUUUAAUGAAGAAGUGAGUUUUCAAAGAUUUUUUUGAAGGAAUGGAGGCUGGGUGAAAGUCUGAUUGAGGAGGGAAGGGAGUUCCACAGAAUAGGUGCAGCCCUGGAGAAGUCUUGAAGGCGAGCAUCAGAGGUGGGGAUCUGGGCAGAGGAUAGGCGUAGGUCUUGGGUUGAGCGCAGGGGUCUCGACUGGACAUACUUGUGUAUGAGGGAGGAUAGGUAUGUUGGAGCAGCAUUAUGUAGGGAUUUGUAAGCAAGCGCCAGAAUUUUGAAUUGGGCCCUAUAUCUAACUGGAAGCCAAUGCAGGGACUGACAGAGCGUGGAGACGUGGGAGGUGCGACCGGACAGGAAAAUAAGCCAUGUAAGACCGGUGAGAAGGGGAUUGCAAUAGUCAAGGCGAGAGAGAACAACAGCAUGAACCAGUACCUUAGCCGCGUCCGGCGUUAGAUAUGGGCGGAUGCGCGCUAUGUUCUUGAGUUGGAAGCGACAGGAUUUGGCUAUCGAUAUGACAUGGGGAGUAAAAGAGAGAUCAGAAUCAAAAAGAACCCCUAGGCAGCGAGCCUGCGAGGUAGAGGUGAUAGUAGCGCCAUUGACUUGGAUGGAGAUAGAUACAGGAGUAGCAGCACUUGAGGGAGGAAAAACUAGAAGUUCUGUUUUGAACAGGUUGAGUUUAAGGAAGGUGGGCGGAGAGAGAUCAGGGGAGGACAGGUAGAUUUGCGUGUCAUCUGCUUAUAAAUGAUAUUGGAAGCCAAAGGAGCUGAUGAGUUUACCAAGGGAGGCAGUAUAGAUAGAGAACAGUAGGGGGCCGAGGACAGAGAGGGGUUGGGGAGAAGAGGCAGAGCCAGAGAAAGAAACACUGAAAGAGCACUGGGAAAGGUAGGAGGAGCACCAGGAGAGAGCAGUAUCCCGUAGACCAAAGUUACGGAGAAUGUGAAGAAGCUGUUGAUGAUCAACAGUGUCAAAGGCGGCAGAAAGAUCAAGGAGGAUCAGGAUAGAGUAUUGGCUGCGAGAUUUAGCAGCAAUUAAAUCGUUGGAUACUUUGGUCACCGCAGUUUCGACAGAGUGACCAGCGCGGAAUCCAGACUGAAGGGGGUCAAGCAGAGAGUUGGAUUCGAGAAAGUCUGUCAAUCUGGCGCACACAACUCUCUCGAGGAUCUUGGAGGCAAAUGGCAUUAGCGAGAUAGGGCGGUAGUUGGAUGGGGAGUUGGGAUCAAGGUUGGGCUUUUUCAGAAUUGGGGUUACGGUUGCAUGUUUGAAGGGGGUGGGAGAUGUGCCAGAGGAAAGGGAGAGAUUGAAAAUGUUAGCGAGAGGAAGAGCAAGAGAGGGAGACAAAGUGCGGAUGAGAUGCGAGGGAGCAGGUGGUGGGGCGGGAGGACAGGAGCAGAGCAGAAACCUCUUCCGCUGUAGCAGGUGCAAAUGAGCAUAGGAUGGCAGGGGGAGUGGGGUUGGGUGACGUAUUGAUAGGGGUAGGAGAGAGAUUAGAGAUCUCUUUCCUGAUUGUAGAGAUCUUAUCAGUGAAAUGAGAUGCAAAGUUUGUGGUGGACAGGGUGGUAGAAGGAGGGGGAGUCACUGGGCGAAGAAGAGCAUCAAAAGUGUGAAACAGGUGUUUGGGUUGAUGGGACAGUGUGCUUAUGAGGGUGUUGAAGUAGUUUACUUUUGCAGAGGAAAGAGCCAUGCUGUAGGAGCGCAGCAUAAAUUUAUAGUGGACAAAGUCAGAUGAGUGACAUUACUGUUUACAAUAUAUUAUUUUAUAUUUAAUUUUAUGCAAAACUAUGUACAUGGUAAUAUAUACUUUUAUUAGUGGAUUCAAAGGUAUUUUACUUGCAUUUUCUCAGUCGCACCGCCAGUCACCUUGGUAAAAUUCCACCUCUUUGGCUAAGAUCAUCAAGGUUGAUGAUCUCAGCCAAUCCAAUGCUUUUCCAUAGGCAUGUACGGCAAAAUGCAGCCCUGUACCAAUUAUUUGAUUAAAAUAGCAGGAUUUUAAUUUUUCAUGAGAGCGUCUCUAGCUGUCAUAUUGACGGCCAAUACAGGCAAGUUAACCCUGCAAAGAAAACAAUGUUGUUCCUGCAGAACAGCAAUGAUUUAAGCUGCAGAGUUAAAACAGGGGGUGGGUGGGGGCAUACGGCACCAAGACCACUUCAUUGAGUAAAGUGGUCUGGAUUCAUAUACUGUUGCUUUAAGUAAACACAUAUUGGGAAGAUGCAUUGUAGUGCUUUCAUAUUCUAGUAGCUGUGGAGCUUAAGAUAAAACACUGCAUCCGUGAUAUAAAAAUAACAGCUGUCAAACUAAAAACAGUUUCUCACUUGAAAAUUCUGUAGGAUGGAUCACACAAGAUUGGAACAUCGUACGCUCUGGACUGUGGCGCAGGAAUUGGCCGGAUCACAAAGCGUCUUUUGUUGCCCGUCUUCAAGUCGGUGGACAUGGUGGACAUUACAGAUGAUUUUCUAAGCAAAGCGAAGAGUUAUCUUGGUGAAGAUGCAAAACGAAUCGGGAACUUCUACUGCUGUGGCCUACAAGAGUUCACACCAGAGCCAAAUCGCUACGAUUUAAUCUGGAUACAGUGGGUUAUUGGUAAGGAGACAGACGUCUCUUUUCUAUUGUCAACAUCCAGUUCAAAGAUCUCAUGUUUAUUUUUGCUACUUUGUUUUAUAUUCAUCUGAUUUUUUUAUUUUUUAUUUAACCCAUCUUUUCUGCGGCAGGACAUUUGACAGACGCUCACCUGGUGGAAUUCUUGAAGAGAUGCAAAGCUGGCCUACAGCCGAAUGGCAUUAUUGUCAUCAAAGACAACAUAACUCAGGAAGGUGUCAUCUUGGAUGAUGUGGACAGCAGCAUCUGCAGAGAUAUGGACGUUUUGAAAAAGAUCAUUAAACAGGCUGGCCUCUCUUUUUUAGCCCAAGAGAAACAAGAGAAUUUCCCAGAAGAAAUCUAUCAUGUGUUCUCCAUUGCUAUGAGAUAAGCUUUUGGAAAAUAGUUUCCAAGACUUGUCUGUUUUUUUUUGUUUUUUUUUAAAUUAAUAAAAAAAUAAUCUUAUGGUUCUUGAAAAAAAAAAAAAAAGAUAUCUGCAGCAUGCUGAAUUGCAAAAAUGUCUGGUACACUGGCCAAAAUACUGAAAAUAUGGAGCUCUGGGCCAGGAAUGAACUGAAGUGAGCCAAUAAAAGACUUCACUGCAACGUUACGGGCAGAGCUGGCACAGAUUUGUGUCAUAACAGUGGAGCAAUCAGUCGCUUGGCAGAACAUUAAGAAACUUAAUCCUGUAGAGCACUUUCUGCGUCCAGAUGUCCCUUCAGAACAAUGCGAAGCACUUAGCCAUACAAUACAGAGACCGUUUACUCAUUCCUGUGUUUAAACAAAUUUCAAAUUAAGAUGAUGAUGAUGUUUGGACUUGCUUUUGUCUCCCCCUUCCCUUCCCUUCCACCCCCCUCCCCCCCAAAAAAAGAAAAUGUGCCAUUAUCCCGUGUCACUGUAAAAGAAAGGCUUAUUUUAGUGGGUCAGUCGUCAUUUUUAAAGCAAUGGCUGGCAUGCAUACAAGGUCAAUACAAAGAUUGAAAUUGAUGAAAAAUAUUUUAAUAUAAAUUAUUUUUCCUUUGCUAAAAUGUAUACACGGGCCCUUGAUUUAUUUCCUUAAUUUCCUCAAGUGUAACUUGGUCGUGCAUAUGAUGAGUGAUAAAAGAUGUUGGCUUUAUGGUCACAUUUAUACACAAGCAUGUAAGUACAUUUUUAGUAAUAUUGCGGAUAUGUAAUAUGAUAUUGGGGGACAUAGACAUUACACAGAGAAUACCUGGAACACCAUGAUGCUGCUGAAGUGCUUUUAGUGUGUUGCCUUAGGUUCCCAAACCAGAAAAAGCUGCUACAGUGAUCUAAAGAGUAAACCACAAGCUCUGGGAGCUGCGUCACAUACCGCACUGGUUCACCAGAGAGCAGGGCCAUGAUCAUAGAUCAUUCUGGACCACCAGGAAACUGGUAUCAUAGGCAAGAGAGGGGGAGCUUUUUGGUUUAUUUACCAAUUAUUGCAUCGAAUGGGGAGACUGGAACAAACAGCCUCAACACACCGACACACUAGUUGCCGCUAUCCACAACUCACAGCUGCCCAUACUGCAAGCCGCAUCACACACUCCAUCUUCCCCCACACAACUCAUUGAGUUUGGAUAAAUAAAAAUGACGUGUUUAAAGGGUCACUCCAGACCCCUAAACAACCUUAGAUUGCUGAAAUGCUUUGUGUUGAGUGUGUCCUUGGUUUUUGGUUUUUUUUUUGCAAAAAGUGCAGAUUUCAAUAGAAAUUUACACUUUUAUAAAUUAACCUGGUUACACCCCCUUUCAAGCCGAGAGCAAGUAAUGUUACUUCCUGGUUUCGUUAGCUUAAUGCAGCUGACUUCAAAAGGCAGCAAUUGCCCAGAGCACCUGACUUACAAAGACUUCUCAUUAAGCUGUAUUGAGAAGUCUCUGAUUGGACAGCCACAUAAAGUCUGG